AAAAAAAAAAAAAAAAACGCAGGAAGGCGGGGCAGGAUAGUACAGUCAAAGGUCACUUGGAGGUUAGGAAUGCCAAGGAAGGAUAAGGAUACGGUUAGGACACGGGAAGGGCGGGGCAGGACAGGAAGGCUUAAGGUCGCCUGUAGGUCAGAUGCUAAAGCGCCUCCUUGCUCUCGUUCCAGGUCAGAUGUUCCUGAUCGACCGCUUCCUGGGCAACACCUUCCUCACGUUCGGCCUCGACGUGAUCAAGUUCAUGGAGGACGACCAGGAGGUGCGCAUCGACCCCAUGAUCUUCGUGUUCCCGCGCAUGACCAAGUGCUCGUUCAGCAAGUUCGGCACGUCGGGGGAGCUGGAGCGCUACGACUCCCUCUGCAUCCUGCCCAUCAACAUCGUCAACGAGAAAAUCUACAUCUUCCUGUGGUUCUGGUUCCUGCUGCUGGUGUUCCUCACGUUCUUCGUGCUGCUGUACCGACUCAUGAUCAUCCUGAGUCCGAGGAUGCGCGCCUACCUCCUGUGUCUCCGCUUCCGUCUCAUCAACAAAGAGGUGAUCAAUACGAUAGUGAGGAAGAGUAAGAUGGGCGACUGGUUCCUCUUCUACAUGCUGGGCCAGAACGUGGACACGCUCAUAUUCAAGGAAGUGAUGCACGAACUGGCCAAGAGGCUCGGCCACGCCUCCAAAGACUUUGGAGAGCCAUGAGAACCGCUGUAAAUAGCCACACAGGGUGUUUCACCACGAACGUCUGUGAUCCUAACGCAAGUAGUUUAAGGUAGUGUCCCAGUCAGCGGAAGCCACGGCAAGCACGCCUCAACCCACCACCUGCCGCGUCCUUCCACCUCCUCAAGACUGCCGGUGCCCGUGUCGCAUCCCCUCCGCCCCCCCCCCAACACCACCACUCCCAACACCACCAACAACAACACCACCACCACCUCCGCCAUCACCAUCACAGCCGCCGCCGCCGCCGCUGCUGCCUCCGCCGCCAUCAUCGUCGCCACUACCACCACCACCACCACCACCACUCUCCUGCCCCUUCCCCCUCCCAGAUCCAAGUCCCUCCGCGCCAGAAGUUGUGUAUUCGCUUGUUGCUCGCUCGUCACAGCCUCUCAGCCAGCCAGCUUCUGAUGCUUGUGUCGCUAGCUUCACACACACCUACCAUCACUAAUACUACUGCUAUUACUACUACUACUACUACUACUACUACUACUACUACUACUACUACUUCUGCUACACUGCCUACCAUCCAUCGCCUCCUCCACGCAUCGCCAUCACUUGUACCAACAACACAACACAGCCUGUCGCCGCAGUGUUGCCAGAAGAAAAGAAAGUAUCACAGGAAAAAAAAAACUCUUAAAAACUCAAACAGGAAAAGUACAAUGUGAAAUGAUCGACUCGCUUCGCUUACACUGAUGAAUAAUUUUAACUUGUAAUUAUAAUAGUCUUGGAGAUAUCUUGUUUCUUUUUAUACGUAUGACACAAGAUGGGAGUCUAAGUGAGUUUGGUUUUCUAAUCUAAAGGAGCUUCUUGUUAUGUAUGGUGAAAAGUAUUAGAGCAAAAUCCAUCUCCCGCCCUACACCUCCCUGCAUACAUACAUACACGCUCGCAGCUUUCGGCUUACUCUGUUCAUACGUGUCGGUUUCCUGUACGUUGUCUCCGGGGAACUCUUCAAGCAAGCAAGCCAGCGAUCCACCCCCCACUCACCCGACCCCCGGACGCAAGGAAAAAGAAAAAAGGAAACAAAAAGCACUCGAAAACACGCACUCAGCAAGCACAAAAAGAAAUCAUAUAGGAAAAAUAUUAUUGUACGAAGAAAUAUAGCAAUUACACACACACACACACACACACACACACACACACACACACACACAUGCACACGCACAUAUUCACACACAUACACACAACCUUCAUCAGUCACACGCACACGCCUGCCACCCACCCCACCUCAAGCAUACAUACAUACAGCUGCUGGGACCCCCCCCCUUCCCCCUCUUCCCCCCAUUCCAUCCUCCCCUAUUUUCCCCUCUAUACCCCCUCCCCCUUCCCCUGACCUCAGUGUCCAACCACACGUCUGCAAAUCCAACGUCAGGGAACAAGUCUCGCCAAAUGAAAGUUUCAAUGCUAUUUGUACAAGUGUAGAGAAAAAGAAAUAUUUGAUAUACCACGAGUGACUGUGAGAGUUUGAAGCGACUCCUGAAGUGACUGACUGUGCAGUGUGAGCGUGAGGUGACUGUUCAACCGUGAAGGACGACGAGUGACGAUUCCGCGAUUGUCAGUGAAACAAACGAAGAGGAAAUUAUUAUGCCCGUAGCUGAUAGAAUGAAGAGUAAAAAAUUAAAUUGCAUACCUAUACAUAUAUACCUACAUAAUAAUUAUAAUCCGUAGUGUUCCGUAGUACUAGAGAGACAGCACAGCCGCGGACGGUCUACCGACGACUCUGAGAUAAAAUUUAGAAAGUAAAAUAAAAGUACAAUAAUCCAGCGAGCGGUGCUCAGUGACCGUCGUGCGCCAGGGACUCGCGGCGCGCGACGCAGGAAAAGACGAAAACGCAAACAAAAGACACACUCCUGAAAUCAUCGUCAUCGUAAACCAAAGUGACAUUGGAAGAAAAAAUAUAAAAAGAAAACAGAAACCAUGAAAAGACAAUUAGAAAAGAAAUAAGGAAAAGUUACAAUUCCAAAACCUGAAACCAUUUUGUCUGCGCGGGGCUGCGUGGCAUGAGAACAGCAGCAGCAGCAGCAGCAGUGCGCACAACAGCCUGCGGCGGUGACGACACACACACGGGCUGCCGACGAUCAGACGGCGAGGGGCGGCGCUCCCCUUUCUCCCUCCCUGCCAGGGCGGCGAGGCGAGGCGAGGCAGUCCGGCCCGCCCUCGCCAGGACCCGAGUGACUGGCUAACGGCAGGAAGCAGUCGGUGCAAAGCAGAGCCAAAGGAAUGUUAUAUACACUGUCCAUAAACAAGACAUGUAUUUUUCCCGAGUUACUACGUAGCCAUACUUAGUGAAAAUAAGUAAGUGGCCGCCGCGGCAGGACGCAGGCGCGGCCACGGACUGAACCUGCUGAGUGCUGAGGCGGCAGCGUCUGUGUGUGCGUGUGUGAGUGUGUGUGUGUGAGUGUGUGGCGGGCCGCUGACUCCCUCCCGCCCCGCCCCCGCCCCCACAGCGCGCCGCACCCCCUCCCCCUGACACACCCCGCCCCCGCCCACACACACGCAAGUGGACAAACGAAAUAAUAAUCAUACAUACGAUGGUCUUCCAGCCGCCUAUGGUCGGCUGGGCCCCGGGCGGCGGAGGGCGAGCCUCGGCCAUCAGGGAACGCGCCCAGCUACAUUAGCUGGGCCGCUGGACUUUAUAGAGCAUUUCCAGUGUAGACUAAAACCGUUUCUGGUCAAUUUUAAGAAUCUUUCCUUAUUCACAGUUUCAUCAUAUUUUCCUGACUCUUCGUGUACAGAAUCGUUUCAUUGUUUGCUUCAUAGGAUUACUGAGGCUGACGCGGCCACGUCCGGCGCCUCGGAGCUUCACUUGCCCACACGUUUGUAAACAUCACUAUUUUUGAAGCUCCGGAUCGCUCUUCGGUGUGGCACAUGUGAACCAUUUAUAAAUUUAUGAAUCCAUUUGUUUUUAAUAAAUAUUACUUUAUUCUAUUUAGAAUAUAUGUAUAUAUGUGUAUUUAUAUACAUAUAUAUGUAAGUAUAUGUAUAUAUCUAUUGAUAUAUAUACAAUAAUAGGAUAGUUUUCUCGAAUUUUGAAGACUCUUUUUAGAAAGUUCCACAAAAUACUAAUGUUGAUUAUAAUAACGAUGAUGAUGAUGAUGGUGAUUGGUCAGCUCCGUAACGAUGAGUCUUAAGGCCUCGCUGCCGUAGCGUCUCUAGUGCCGCCGCCGCCGCCGCCGCCGCCGCUGCUAGUCGACACCUUGGUUUACGCUGCUCAAUCUCGUGCGGGUCCCGGCGUGGGCCCGUCCGCCUUGCUGCAGUCAUGGCCGCUUGGCGCCUCUGUUGCGUGUGUCGCAAGUGUCGGCGGCCAUGAGUGCAGCGAGGCGCCAGGCCGCGCCCCCGCGCCAGCACCACGCCCGCCCGGCAGCCGACGCCGCGCCGCGCCCUUAGGCACGCUUGAAGGUGUAGCUGAGCCGUAGGUGUCGGGUAGGUGGGUUCUCAUGCCUAUGAUAAAAACGAAAAUAAAAAAAUUACUAAAAAAUUGUAGCUUGUCUGUUAUCUCAUGUGUUCUCGAGUCUGGACGAGUCUGCUGCCAGUGCUCUCCACCGAAUCAGUCUGUUUGUUUUCUCUAUCUCAAUAAUUUUUAUAUUAAGUAGUGUGGUGAGUAACUGACUGGGUUAUAUUGCUUCCUGUACCCUUAGUUUUGUAGUCAAGUAAAAAAAAAUGUAUUUUCCCUUCUUGCUCUACUAUAAAAAAAAUCGAAGAAUUUACCGAUUUAGCAGUCCUGUGUUCGUUGUGAAAGUUAAGCUGCAUGGUGAUCCUACAAAGAAAGCAAUAAUUCAUUUUUGUAGAGAGUUCUUCAAUAACAUCUAUGCACUGCCACCUCUGUAAAUGCACCUUAAUGAUAAUACAAUUAAUAUUACUGUUUGACCCUUCCCCCGAGCUGAAGUGUCGGCCCCCCCUCCCCUCCCCUGGCCCGGCUAAGGACCCGCUGCACCUCCUAUGGCACCCGCUUUACACUAUUUUUUGUUACUGUUGUUAUCCCGUCAAUGAGGCGCCGUGCCAUAGGGGCGAGCAGCGGCGGGGGCCGAGGGGUGCCCGCUCACGCUGCCACACCCGGGCGAGCGUUAAAUUAAGUACCUAUGUAAGUAAAGAGAACUAGAGACGUAAAUUAAGCCGUGUGGUUCGAGGCGUGUGGCAGACGGCGGGGAGGAGGGGCGACUGCUCCCUCCGUCACCCAAACUGUUGCGGUUAUUUAACACUGUUUUAAUGACAAAGAAGGCAAGACUAUCGCUGAGCCUCAGAGAGAGAGAGAGAGAGAGAGAGAGAGAGAACACACUAGCAUUCAAGCAACACACACUGAUGGUCUUGUCGCCGCCGGUCCGCGAGGCUCACACACAGGCCAGCACGGGAGGAGCGAGGCUGCGCGACGAAACAAUAAUAAUAAAGUGGAAGCGAUAGUUUUUCCGACUUGCUAGUUGUGCCUUUCCGUUGAUUUAGUCGGUACUGACUCCACCACACUGCUAUACACGCCCUAGGUAGGCAGUUGUUGACACACAGGGCAGUCAUGGUGCACGACAUCCCUCCCUCGCCCGCCCCUCCCCAGGCGGCCCAGCGCGGCGGCUGGGGCACCCCAGGCCCCGGAGGCUGCCCGCGGGGGCCAAGAGCGAUGGUGCUCCCGCCCCCCGUGGCCGAGGGGAGGGGGGCAGGGGGGCCGUCAGCCACAUAAUGUAUUGAAUUAUUGUCAACGUCGUCGUUGUAGGCGACUGCUUCACGAUUAUUGUUUAUAUGAACAAUUAAGCCACAGUUUGUCUGUUUUUACCAAUUGCACAUUUGAGUUUCUUUUUACGUUGAGAAAUGUCGAUAGUCGAGCACUAGUCCUAGUGGCACCUGUGUUGUCGGUCAUGUUUUGUCGUGUCUCGCCCCGCACGUGAGGCCCCUGGGACGCGGGGCCGCCAGGCACGCCGCGGCUGGGUGCUGACAGCGGGGCGAAACUUUUCUCGUUUCAGUUUGACAUUGUGUCCUUGUUUUCACACAGUAAUAAUUAGAGCAGAGAGGCUUAGUGUCUCCCCUCCCAGCGCGCCACGCCCUCGCCCCGCCCGGUCAUCGUCCCGUUGUUAUCAUCACCACGACCGUGUACAUACUCAUCUGCCAGUUGUCUGUCACCCGGCGCCUCCACCUUCCCUCCCCCCACACCCGCCUCUCCUUCGAGGACGCAGUGGUCGAGUACUGGACAUGGUUGCCACGACACCUCGCAUGGUAGCGACUGAGCAUCACCUUCAUGCGAUCAUUGACGGGCGUGGCGGCGGCGGUGGGGCGCGGCUCGGGGCUGCGCGGCGACGGUCAGGCCGGCUACCGCGCCUCCCCGCCCGUCCCCGCCGCCCCCCACGCCUGCCCACGCAUCGAGUUAGUCACUUGGUUUCGGUUUAAACACCCACGUGUAGCCGACACACACACACACACACACACACACACACACACCAUUUCAGACACUCGUGCGGUCCAGUUCAUCAUCGGCGGUGUCGCUCAGUCCAGUACGGUAAAUAAUUGAUGCCACACACACACACACACACACACACACACACACACACACACACACACACACAUCGCAGGGAAAAAUUUAACAGCCAAGGUAUCGAAUGGAGAAAGAAGCCUUUGGAGCCUCACGAGACAGCUUCGGAACAGCGAGCCACGCGACUCGCCCCAGAGUAGCCGGCGCAUUCUAGAGGCGGGCGCGUCGCAGCUCGGCGGGUUGGUGGCCUGCCCCGCCACACACCCGGGCUGCCGGAGGGCGACACACUCAAGAGCAGGCAACGUAGAAACCCUAGUAAGUGAUUGACGUGUGUGAGUCAACUACAAUGAUCAAUCAGUAUUCACUCCAAAUACGACACCUUCGUAGGUCGAUGGAUUCCCUUGUCAUUCUGUUUGUGGCGGCACUGCUAGAAGGUCCUGGUCACGGUUCGUACUGUGCCUUCCUAGCCACCACCUCGUGCCUUGUUAACGCGACCACGUAUCCCCCAAGGUUCGUAUGGUUCACCUUCCACCAGCCUCUGCUUCAUCCGUUUCCUCCAAUGCUGAUGUAGAAAUCUAGUCGUAGGAGACAACCAUAAGCGCUUCCUCGCCGCCGACACACGUGCGGCGAGGGGAAAGUACUCUUAAUAAUCAAAUAAUACUCCUCCGAACAAAUGGCCUCAAGGCAAACAAAUGAAGUCUAUCUACCCUUAAGGCGAUACGUGUCAUUUGAGAGACGAAUGUACAGCGCGUGUGCAGUGUCGUGCCGCCAACACCACCACCACCACCACCUGGCCGGCCGCAGCCCCACGGUAGCUGGUGGACGGUGACCUCGCCGCCGAUACCGAGAAGGGAACACCGUAAACGAACGAUGUGCAGUAGCGGUGUGCCACGAGCAAGCCCGCGAGUAUGAGUUUGAAUGUGUGUACGUUGUCUGCGUUUAGAUUAUUGUCUUGAGUUUAUUGCCGUGUGUUUUUGAGUUUGUUUUAGUUCGUGUCUUUCCUCUCCUGCUCAUUUUCCAUGUUCUUCCUCCACCUCCUCCACGCCACUCCUCCACACUUGCCCACUACCUCCCACUUGCGUCAAGAAGAUUGUGGUGCCCCCGGGAAAGUUAUCAAAAUCAAAGAAUCAAAAUUGUGUCCCCCGAUCUACAUAAUGUAUAAAUAGUCAAGUUGACCAAGCGGACGCUAGCUGCCCACAUAGCCAGUCCCAAGACGCUGUACAUAGCCGCUUGUGAGGCCAGACUAGGCUCGUAGCAGUAGCUUUUAAGAAAAGUUCCUCAAAGGCAUUUCCACUAUACUUGUAACGGUAGUGUCAGUCUCGUUAGACGCGUUUAUAAGAGGUUCGCUUUUGACUGAGCAGGAGGCGCCCGCCCAUACAGCGGUUCUCUGCAGCAGUGUAGCGCCGACAGUUUAACAGAUCUCCACCGUGUGGGGUGACCAGUACUCUUGUUUCUUGUAGCGGCGGCGACUGCGACAGAGAGAGCGAGCGGCGCCCGCGGGUUCCUGCUGAGAGAACGUUUAGCUUUGGUUUUCUUGGAAGGGACGGCGGCGCUCUGUGGAUCGGGGUAACUUUGCUAUUUUGUAUGCUCUUGAGUCUUGACAACUCUUCACGUGGAAGCUUGAAAGAUCUCAGGGCACCGAUAAUGUGGCUUACAACAACAACAAAAAAAUUGUUAACUGUACAGGUCUGUGCGUUGUUGACCAGUGGCUGUUGUGCUGAAAGUCGCUCUUAUUCUUGCCCGAGUUUGUGUGUUUUCUGACAUGUUUGUUUUGCUUGUGAAGCUUUUUAGUUUUAUGUAUUUGCACCCAUGUUCUGAGGGAAAGGUCUCUAUGAGGAUUUUAAGCUUAAUAACAUUAAAUGAAGCCCCAAUACUGCCUACUGGUGAAGUAUGAAGCGUAACAUUCCAGCCGAAUACGAACAUCCAUCAAAACCGUUUUGUUGACCCGUCUCACCACCACUGUGAAUCAUGCAUAUCACACCCUGUCGCCCUGGACGCUCCUUGUCACGCACCGCUACUUUUUAUGCGCUAAUAUUUUCCAAAAGACUCACUACCCGGAGCGUCCCCGGCUGUUUCCCCCCGGCUGGCGGCCGCCCCGGGGACACGUGCUGACGAAGGAGCGUCUAGGGCCGCGCUGACUAUCAGCCCGCGACCCGGGUCUCCGCCUGAAUCAGGCGGGGUCGCCCCGGGCCGCCCCUCACGCAGGUGUCUGCGUGCGGCCAGACUCGUGCUUUCAACACAGCGUGAAUAGAAAGCACAAGGGCGCCGGGAGUCGCGCAUUUCCGCUGACUGGGGCCGGGCGUGGGCUGGGCCUGGCGGCGGCUCAGCCUCUCAGGAGCCGUGCGGCAGGCGGGCCGGCCCGCGCCUCGUCCACCAACUGCCAGUGGCCGCGUCGCUGCCCGCGGGCGGCGGCCGGCCUCAUCGGGACGUGCGGUUCGGUCUGCCAGGUCCCUCCGCCAUAUUGUUUGCCCUGCGUUACUCGCCAAUUUACCAUGUUUACGAUCCAAACUUUAUAGAUACUUUCCAUGAAUUGCUGUCUAGGAAGUGUCCGGCUAGACUCCUGCUAGUGCCUGCCGCCCGGCGGGGAGAGCCGCCCGCCGCCCCGGGGCCCCAGCCGGCGGGGCGGCGGCAGCACGCGUCAACAUAUCGCCCGCGGCGCCCCAGCGCUGGCACGGGCCUGAUAGCACUAGGGACGUCUUUUUCCA